AUGAACUGGUUUGGAAAUGACUUCUCGAAGUUACCUGAGGAUGUCUGCUUACUCAAUAUACACUCACCUCUGUCGCUCUCACUCAUAGCAUCUGAAGAGGAACGACAGUUUAUUUCCAGCAUGAGGGGCCAUGCACCAGCCCAGGCUGUGGUGAAGCAGCCUGCCCAGGGCGCCGGAGGCAGAGCAGCAAUCACAGUGACUGUCCCAGCGACCUGCGGGGACUGGAGCACCGGCCUCUUCAGUAUCUGCAGAGACAGGAGAAUCUGUUUCUGUGGUCUGUUUUGUCCCAUGUGUCUUGAAUGUGACAUCGCCAGGCAUUAUGGAGAGUGCUUUUGUUGGCCAUUGCUGCCUGGGUCGACCUUUGCACUGAGAGUUGGCACCAGAGAGAGAUAUAAAAUAUGGGGCACGCUGUGCGAGGACUGGCUGGCCGUGCACUGCUGUUGGUUGUUUUCCAUCUGUCAGCUGGCCCGGGAACUCAAGAUGAGAACCUCCCAGCUCUACGAAUUCUCUGCAGUCCCUUCAGUGAAAGACGCCUCUAUUUGA